AUGGGUCUUUUAGCCUCGCAUGGUGGAUCUGUGGCUCUUGAAGAGGAAGAACGUGGCACCGCCCUAUACUACUUCUGCAGUAGUCCGACUGAUCCAUGGGUCUCGAAAUUAUCUGGCAUGGCCGUAGUGGUUUUCAACGCGGACUGGAUUAGAGAAUGCGUUCGACGUGGUUUACCAAUCCCCAAAGGCGAUUACGUCCUUGAUGCCAAUAUCGCCGGUUCUUCUGAGCCAGUCCCUGCCUCAAUACAACAUAACACGGCCUAUGCUCCAAGCGUCCUUGAUAUCCGCCAUGCACCUCAUCCGAACCCAGUCGAGGUUGAAAGCGACGACGAAGUACUCCAGAUGCUCUUCCUGGAGAAUAUGCCUCACUCCGAAUUACGGCUCUCCAGGAAAAACAAGGCCAAGCGUCGGCUCUCGUCCUCUGAACGCUCUGAACGACCACCAAAGAAGCAUCGCUUUCACCUUCGUGAAGAUAUUACCCCACGCGCCCAUGAUGCUGAUGCUGCUGCUCCAGAUCCAACUUCUCAGGCCUCUCGAAAACUGAUCUCUGUCUCUACACCUUCGAACUACACGCCAACCACCUCAGGCUCGCUGAAACGGUCUCUUCACGAGAACUCAGUCGGAACCUCACAUCCUGCUCAAAAAGCCAUUCUUACGCGGCCUGUGGAGACUUUUGACUUCGAACUAGAACUCAGACUGUUUCGACAACGCUCUCGUUCUCAUCUCAAGCCUCGUCACUCUGCUCCUUUGCGACUACACUUGCUCCCUUCUCGACCCAGAUCCGCUGUUCGUAGCUCGUAUCCGAUGUCCUCAAAAGAAACGAAGCGACCCGCGCCGCGACCUGUCAGCUUUGAUCCUCUCUACAACACUAGACUCGACAAGGCAGAUACAAUCCCGCGUCUGGAUGCCAGCGCCUUACUCGCCGACCUAUCCGGAGUUGAUGUCUCUGGAUUAUGUCUUUUUGAAGAGGGGAAGAAGUACAUGGGGCGGAAAUUUCGAACUUCGGGGAUGUGA